AUGGACCGAUACUGCGGCGCCAUCAAACAAAAAGGCUCCCCUGUCCCUGUGGUAUAUGGCUUUUUUGACGGUACCAAGCUGGCUGUCAGUCGAAUUUCAUCCACUGGCAAUGGCGACAACCUCCAGCAGCAACACCCGAUGGCAUCUGCAUUCACUUCUUCGGUCCAGUGGAAGGGAGAAAGCACGACAUGA